AAACUGAUGCUUUGAAAAGUGAACAACUCAUAACCAAACAUAAUGAGGAAUUAUCACCAUUUGAUUUUUGCAACAAUCUGUGGUUUUAUACUCUUAGGCAAUCAUGAGGCUGAUGCACAGGUUAAGGAAAUUACACAAGAAUCUGCUGACAUUAUUUUCCUUAUUGAUGGAUCAAAGAACGGCGCUGUCACUUUCUCAGCCAUUCGUGAUUUCAUUGCAAAUUUAAUUGAAAGACUCUCAGUUGGAGCUGAGCUCAUACGCGUUGGGGUGGUUAUGUUUAGUGAUGAACCCAGGACUGUAUUCCCCUUGAACAGCUACACCCAAAAAGUUGAUAUUCUACAGGCAGUGAAGGCCCUUAGCAUUCUUGGUGGCGAGGAAGCUAAUAUUGGAGACGCUCUUGAUUUUGUCAUGCAAAACCACUUCACCCACUCAGGAGGCAGCAGAAUAGAGGAAGGUGUGCCACAGAUUUUAGUGCUCAUAAGUAACAUUGAGUCUAGUGAUGACAUAAGAGAAGGAGUUUUAGCCAUGAAGCAAGCUAGUAUAUUCUCAUUUUGCAUUGGGGUCCAAAAUGCUGACAAUGCAGAGCUUCAGCAAAUUGCUACUGAUCCAAGCUUCGUAUUUACUGCCCUGGAUACACGUAACCUUGGCGAACUUCAAGAUCUCUUACUGCCAAACAUUGUUGGAGUGGCCCAAAGGCUCAUUUUGUUAGAUGCCCCAACCAUUCUUACAGAAGUUGUUGAAGUCCAUAAGAGAGACAUAGUCUUCCUGAUAGAUGGUUCUUCUGCAUUGGGACCUGCCCCCUUUAAUGCAAUUCGUGAUUUCGUGGCCAAAAUCAUCAACAGACUGGAAAUUGGACCAGAUCUCAUUCAAGUUGCAGUGGCACAAUAUGCAGAUACUGUAAAACCAGAAUUUUAUUUUAAUAGCUUCCAGACAAAAAAAGAUAUUGUCACCACUGUUAGGAAAAUUAAACCAAUGGGUGGUGCCACACUUAACACUGGCUCAGCAUUGCUGUUUGUUAAAAACAACUUCUUCACCAAUGCCGCUGGGGCCAGGAUUGAUGAAGGUGUCCUUCCCAUGUUGAUUCUGAUCACUGGGGGUGUGUCCAGGGAUGAUGUUCUCCAAUCAAAACAAGAAAUUGAAAGGAAUGGCAUCGUGGUUCUUGCUGUGGGAGCCCGAAAUGCUGAUCAAAGUGAACUCGAACAAAUUGCCUACAGGGUUUUAACCCCCCCAGAAUUCCGCACAGCUGCACUAGCACCCUUCAUUCCUGUUGUUGUGGCUUUUGUAAAAGAAGACUUUUCUGUAAAACUUCCGGAAAUACCAUCAACAGAAGUUGUAACCAAAAGAGAUAUCGUCUUUCUUUUGGAUGGAUCAGCCAACGUUGGAAUUAACAACUUCGCAUAUGUCCGUGACUUUCUUGUGAACCUAGUUAAUUCCCUUGAUGUUGGAAUUGAUGAUGUACGAAUCGGCCUAGUACAAUUUAGUGAGAACCCCAAAACAGAAUUCUUUUUAAACUCCUUCCUAACCAAGGAAGAUGUCCUUUCUCGUCUGAGGCAGUUGAGACUGCAAGGGGGGUCAAUUCUGAAUUCAGGAGCUGCACUAGAUUUUGUGCGCUCCAAUCACUUCAUUGAAGCAGGUGGGAGCAGGAAAGAUUCGAAUGUCCCUCAGGUGCUAGUCUUCCUUGCGGCAGGGCCAUCUGCUGAUGCCUUCCAAGAUGCCGCCAAUGCCUUAGCUCGUGCGAAAGUGCUCACCUUUUGUGUUGGGGUUAGGAACGCCAAACUAGCAGAACUUCAGCAGAUUGCAUUUAAUCCACAAAUAGUAUAUUUUAAGGAUGAAUUCAGCUCUCUGCCAGCUUUACCACAGGAAAUGAUUAGUCCACUAACAACAUAUGUUAGUGGAGAUGUGGAAGACAUUACAAUCAUAUCAACAGAAAACAAGAUUGAUAUUUUAUUUUUAAUUGAUGGCUCAAUGAACAUGGCUGGCCAGUUUCCUGUUGUUCGAGAGUUUGUGGCCCAAAUUAUUUCUGACCUGAAUGUGGGGCCAGAUGCUGUACGAAUAGCUCUAGCACAAUUUAGUGACAAUGUAAAUGUGGAGUUCAACUUUGACAUCCCAUCCAAGAUAGAAAUCGUUCAGAAAGUGAAAAAGAUGAAGAUGAAAGGAGGAAGGCUACUGAACAUUGGAGCUGCACUAGAUUAUGCUGUAAAAUACAUCUUUGUAAGAGAUGCUGGGAGCAGGAUUGAAAAAGGCGUGCCACAAUUCCUGGUUCUUCUUGUGGCUGGGAGAUCAGAUGAUACUGUGGAUGAAAGUGCUGAUACCCUGAAACAAACUGGUGUGAUUCCUUUUGUUAUCCAAACCAAGACCUCGGAUCCAGUUGAAUUAGAAAGAAUAGUUUAUGCCCCUCAGUUCAUUCUAAAGGUUGAUACCAUUUCUCGACUUGGAGACAUACAACAUGAAAUAGUCAAUCUGUUGAAAACCAUACAACUUAAACCUCAAGCAGAUACAAAGAAAGACGUCGUUUUCCUUAUUGAUGGCUCUCAGUUUGCACUGUCUGAAUUCCCUUCAAUUCGUGAAUUUAUCGAACGGCUUGUAAACAAUAUGAAUGUGGGUUCAGAUGCUACUCGAGUAGCUGUAAUUCAAUUCAGUGAUAAUCCCAGAGUUGAAUUUUUGCUGAAUGCAUAUUCUACCAAGGAGGAGGUGCUAGCUGCAGUGAGAAGAUUUAAUCCCAGAGGUGGGAGGCAAGUGAACCUUGGUUCUGCCCUAGAAUAUGUGUCAAAGAAUAUCUUUACAAGACCUUCUGGGAGCCGCAUAGAGGAAGGAGCACCUCAGUUUUUAAUCCUUCUUUAUUCCCACCGACCUCAUGAUGAUACAGAGAACCCGGUACACCAGAUCAAAGAGAUUGGUGUGGCUCCCCUUCCUAUUGGAAAGAAUGUGGAUCCUGAGGAAAUGGCCAAAAUAGCACUUAGUCCUGAUUAUGCAUUUCAAGUAUCAACUUACCAAGAUCUACCUAGUCUGGAACAGAAAAUGUUAACCCAUAUUACAACAUUAACUACCCAGCAGAUACGGAAAAUCAUUACUGAUACAAGUCGCCCUCCAGUCAUUGACAGUGAAGCAAUGGACAUCGUCUUCCUUGUCGACAGCUCUGAUGAUGUCAGAUCAGAUGGACUUGCUCACAUUCGUGAUUUCAUUUUCCGGAUUGUCCAGAAACUAGAUAUCCAACCAAGCAGAGUGAGAAUUGCUGUUGUCCAGUUUAGCAAUGAAGUGUUUCCCGAGUUCGACUUAAAAGCCUACCCGACCAAAGAGAGUGUGCUACAAGCCAUACGACGCUUAAGGCACAAAGGUGGUUCUCCCCGGAAUGUUGGGAAAGCUCUGGACCAUGUCAUGAAGACUCUCUUUAUCAGAUCAGCAGGAAGUAGGCGAGAAGAUGGAGUCCCCCAGAAAUUAAUUCUCUUGCUUGGAGGGAACUCCCAGGAUGAUAUCAGCAGGCCAUCUAUUCUGGUGCAGAACUCUGGGAUUAGUACUCUGGGAGUUGGAACAAGACAAAUAGACAGUGCGGAAUUGCAAAGGAUCACCAGCAAUCCCCAAACUGCAUUUAUUGUGAGAGAUUUUACUGAGCUCCCAGUAAUAGAAAAACGGAUCAUUGCAGGAAUUUUCACAACACCAGUGCCAACUGAACUACCUACAGAGGUUAUCCCAGUUGAUAAAAAACAAGGUGAUAUUGUCUUCUUGCUGGAUAGCUCUAUCAAUUUUGGGAGAGACAAUUUCCCCAAUGUUGUUGAAUUUAUACAUGACUUAAUCGAUGCUAUUUAUGAUGAAGGCGAUUCCAUUCGAGUUGGUUUAGUACAAUACAACUCUGACGUGAGUGAUGAAUUCUUUCUGAGGGAUUUCUCUGACAAAGAGCAUAUCUUAGAAGCAGUGAAGAAGAUAACGUACAAAGGAGGCAGAAUUGCCAAUACAGGAGCAGGUGUCAAGCAUAUCCAAGCAAAACAUUUUGUGAAGGAGGCUGGCAGCAGGAAAGACCAGAAUGUCCCUCAGAUUGCUCUCAUUAUAACAGCAGGCAAGCCAGAAGAUGAUGGAGAGUCAGCAGUCUUAGGGUUGUCUCAGUCGGGUGUCAAGGUCUUUGCAGUUGGUGUGAAAAACAUUGACCAGAAUGAAAUUACUAAGCUCUCCAGUGACACCACAACAGCUUUUAGGGCUUCAACUCCCCAGGUCCUCUCGGAGCUCAAUGAGGCUGUUCUGGUGACCCUGAAUGAUGUCAUGAGAGAACAAUUAUGUCGUGGUGUGGUGGAAGUCUCUAAAGAUUGCAAUCUGGAUGUCAUACUUGGAUUUGAUGUCUCAAAUACCGUACAAGGGCAAAGCAUAUUCAGUGUACAAAGUAUGCUGGAAUCAUCAAUUGAAGAUAUUCUGAACAGAAUCAGUCAAAUGCAGAAAAUUAGUUGUACUCCCAACCAGGCACCCACAGUGCGUGUAGCACUUCUGGCACAGACUCCCUCUGGAAUUGUAGAAGCCUUUGAUUUCUCAGAGUAUCAGCCGGAGUUGUUUGAAAAGUUCCAAGCCUUGCGAAAUGAUGGACCAUAUGUGCUCACAGCAGACACCCUCAAGUCUUACCAGAAUAAAUUUAAAACAGCUCCUACUGGAAGUACAAAGGUGGUGAUCCACCUAACUGAUGGCAUUGAUGGUGCUAUGGGACCACUGGCAACUGCAUCAAUGAGUCUAAAGAAAGACGGUGUCAAGGCUCUUAUUCUUGUUGGGUUGGACCGAGUAUCUAAUUUUGAAGAAGCAAUGAAACUGGAAUUUGGACGUGGCUUUACUUAUAAUAAACCUCUCCUAGUGAAUCAGCUGGAUUUAGACUUCGAAGUGACAGAGCAAUUGGACAAUAUUGCAGAAAGAUCAUGUUGUGGAGUCCCAUGCAAAUGUUCCGGACAACGGGGAGACAGAGGAUUUCCAGGCACAGUUGGACCAAAGGGAAUUCCAGGGGAAAAUGGCUAUAGAGGCUAUCCAGGAGAUGAAGGUGGACUGGGUGAACGUGGACCUCCUGGGAUAAAUGGAACCCAAGGUUUCCAAGGCUGUCCAGGUGAAAGGGGAAUGAAGGGGGGCCGUGGAUUCCCAGGAGAAAAGGGCGAAUUUGGGGAAAAUGGACUUGAUGGAAUAGACGGAGAAGAGGGAGAUAGAGGCUUUCCAGGUGUUCCUGGGGAGAGGGGGAGCCUUGGUAGACUGGGUGGCAGAGGAAACAAAGGAGAAAUAGGAGACCCAGGUGACCAUGGACUUCGAGGUGAUCCGGGUACUUUUGGAACCGAUAGCACUGACAGAGGACCCAAAGGAGAAAAGGGAGAACUUGGACCAGCGGGAGAACUUGGAAGAGAUGGACCACGGGGUGACGCAGGAGAAGCUGGAAGAGAUGGAUCACUUGGCAAAAGAGGACCACCUGGUAUCAAAGGAAAUAAAGGUGACCUUGGCUCACCAGGAUUUAAUGGAGAACAAGGAAUUAAAGGCCCCCAGGGACCACCUGGCACAACUGGAAUCCCUGGUCUUCAAGGAGAGCCUGGCCUCCCUGGCCAAAGGGGUGCUGGUGGUCCAGCUGGAGGUGUUGGGGAACGUGGUAGGUCUGGUCCUCUUGGUAAAAAGGGUGAAGCUGGUGAGCCUGGUCCAAAGGGGCCCAUUGGUCCUCCUGGCCCCCGAGGAGAAAUGGGAGAUGAUGGACGAGAUGGAGUUGGCAAGGAAGGACCUAAAGGCAGAACCGGACAACCCGGUUUCCCAGGAUACCCAGGAUCACGGGGCGUACCUGGAGAUCACGGUGAUGAUGGUAAACCUGGACCCAAAGGAAGCAGUGGUGAACGGGGACGUUCAGGGGAACCUGGCCAAGGUGGUCAGAAAGGAGAGAGUGGAUAUCCAGGACCACCUGGAUUUAUGGGUAGUAAAGGAGAGUCUAGAGACCACUGUACACUUAUACGCAAUAUCAAAGAUAAAUGCCCUUGCUGUUAUGGUCCAAAAGAAUGUCCUGUUUAUCCAACUGAAUUGGCCUUUGCUCUUGAUACUGCUGCUGGUGGAAAUGCAGACACUUUCAACAGAAUGAAGGACACAGUAGUGUCAAUUGUUAACAAUAUCACAAUUGCAGAAAGCAACUGCCCCAGAGGUGCCCGAGUAGCACUGGUUACAUACAACAGUGAAGUUACCACUGAGAUACGUUUUGCUGACUCCAGAAAGAAGAAGGAGUUGGUAAAACUAAUCAAGGACCUCCAAUUUGUUCAGACAUCCAAACAACGUAGCUUAGAAACAGCCAUGGGAUUUGUGGCUAGGAAUACUUUCAAGCGUGCACGUAGUGGCUUCCUUAUGAGGAAAGUGGCUGUGUUCUUCACCAAUGGGCCCACAAAAGCAUCUCCACAGUUGAAUGAAGCAGUACUAAGACUCUACAUUUCUGGAGUUGUACCUGUAUUCCUUACAAACAGAGAGGACAAGGCCCUUAUCAAUGCAUUACAGAUAAACAACACUGGUGGACAGGCUUUAGCAUUUACUGGUGGUGCUGGUCAACUGGCUGCAACUAUUAGGAAAGUGUUCACAUGCCAUAUUUGUCUAGAUGUAUGUGAUCCUGAUCCCAGCUGUGGUAUCCCGAGCGGUAGCUUUGGCAGAGACAGACGGGCAGCGCCUACAGAUGUUGACAUUGAUAUAGCAUUCAUCCUGGAUAGCUCUGAGAGCACCACUCAAAUGCAGUUCAAAGAAAUUAAGAGCUACAUUUCAUAUAUUGUAAACCAACUGGAAACUAGUUCUGAUCCCAAGUUAUCUCAACACCAUGCCAGGGUUGCCAUUGUCCAACAUGCUCCCUUUGAGUUUCAAUCAAACUCAAGCAUAUCUCCUGUCAAAGUUGAAUUGUCACUGACAGAUUAUGGCCCAAGGGACAAAUUAACAGAUUUCAUUCAAAACCAAAUGUCACAACUAUAUGGAACACGGGCUGUGGCAACUGCAGUAGACUAUACAAUGAGGCAUAUUUUUGAGAGUGCACCAAAUCCCAGAGAUCACAAAGUCAUUGUUUUGAUGAUGACAGGAGGCAUUGAAAAGGAAGAACUUGAACACCUUCAGAAAGUUAUUGUAGAAGCUAAAUGUAAAGGAUAUUUUUUUGUCAUUAUUGGCAUUGGUAGGAAUAUUAAUAUUCCAAGCAUCUACAGCUUGGCAAGUGAGCCUAAUGAUGUCUUCUUCAAAUAUGUUGAUGAGGCAUCACAACUUCAUGAAGAACCAUUGCUACGUUUUGGAAGCCUGUUGCCGUCCUUCAUCAACAGUGAAAAUUCCUUUUACUUGUCUCCAGAUAUCAGGAAAAAAUGUGAUUUGUUCCAGGGUGACCAGCCAAUCAAAAAAUUUGGCCAAAAACAACUAUCUAUUCCAAAUAAUGUUACUGUCACACCUGCUGUAACAGAAAAAUCAAAAGUGAUUAAACAUAAUGGAGAAGUCCAAAUAACUGAUAUCACUGAAAACAGUGCUAAGCUGCAUUGGAUGAUUCCUGAGCCUCAGAAUGUCUAUGUCUAUCACAUCACAGUCUCCUCAGCACAUGACCACUCCAUAGUUUUAAAGCUUAAUUUAACUAACAAUGAAAGAGUCAUUGGAGAUCUUCAGAGUGGACAAAAGUAUCAUGUUGCUAUCACAGGUUAUCAUAAUGCCCAGGCCAAAGCUACUUAUAGGGGAACAUUUAAUACAAAGAGCAUGCCAGCAGCCAAGAUCCCUUCAGCAGGAGCAGCAGGAGCAGCAGGAGCAGCAGGAGCAGCAGGAGCAGCAGGAACAGCAGGAACAGCAGGAGCAGCAGCAGCAACCAAUAUAAUGGUGAACACUGAACCUUUGAAUGUCCCUGAAAAAGAUCCUUGCUUACUGGACCUUGACAUGGGCACGCAGUGCAAGGAGUAUCAGGUUAAGUGGUACUUUGACUACAAAAACAAGAUCUGCACCCAGGUUUGGUAUGGUGGGUGUAACGGUAAUGCCAAUAGAUUUGAGACAGAAGCUGACUGCAUUAGCAGAUGUAUGAAGCCAUCAGAUGAGAAAGACACGCAGCUUCCUUUCCUUGAGAAAAGUCAUUUGUCAGGCACAGGUAUCUGUCAGUUGAAGAAAGAAGAUGGUACUUGCAGGGAUUUUGUUCUAAAAUGGUAUUUUGAUCCAAAAACCGGAAGUUGUGCUAGAUUCUGGUAUGGUGGCUGUGGUGGAAAUGAAAAUAGAUUUAACACACAAAAAGACUGUGAAAAAGUCUGUGUUUCAGCUCACAUCAAGUCUGGUGUUGUGACAAUGAUUGGAACUUAAUUACAGCAAAAUAUCAACAGAUACCUCUAAGAAAACCAGGAGUCAGCCAUUGCCAAAAUACCCCAUGUAGAAGCUAAGGGUAUAAGGCUCCCUUGCACUGUGCUAUUUCUGCUUUACUUUCUGCGCAAACCUUGAAGAAAGUAUUUGCUGCACGAUUUUAUCAAUAUGGUGCUAAAGUGUUUGUGGAUUGAAUGCUCAUUGUGUCUGGGAUAUACUCUGUAAUUUCAACAGUAUGUAGUAUUUUACCCACUACCAAUUCUAUUUGUUUCAAGAAAUUAGUGUUUACUUUGGAUUCUACCAGCAUUACCUAUUUUGGCUAUUGUAAGAAUUCUAAAAGAAUGUGGAAAAAAACAUUGCCAUUGUUAUAUACUUGCUUUUAUCAUUGUCAUAACUGAACAUAACUUUAGAUGGAAAGCCUUAUGUCUGUUGUGAGAAAAAAAGGAGUCAACUUUUCAUUCUACUUUUACUUUUGCUGGAUUAGACUUUAUAUCAAUUUUGCUUUAUGUAUGUGUGAUCAAUCACACUAGUAACAAACUCAGCAUUUGCUGAUACUGGUACACUGCUGGGAUAACAACAAAAUUCAAAAGUUUUUAAAACAUGGUGUAGAAGGUUUCUGGCAAUCUUCUAAUGUAAUGUGUUUUAUAAUUUUUAAUAUUUUUUGCUGGGGUGGGAAUUCUUCAUUAUUUUGUUUCUAGGAAAUCUUUACAAAAGAACUUUUAAAUAAAGUUUAAGUGAGAUUUUGAAAGUCUCCGCAUUUCAUUGUGUAUGUGGUGGUGCUUUUUACAAUAAAACAUGAUUCUAUAAAAAUGGGCUUUGCCAUCUGGUCUUGUGAUUACACAUCAAAUGGAACUUAAGGCAGUAGCCAGAGCUUUGAAAGCUUAAAACAGCUUCCUGUUUUUUUGCCUGCCUUGAACAUCUAGAUCAUGGGUCCUCAAACUAUGGCCCUCGAGGCAGAUGUGGCCCACUGAAGCCAUUAAUCCAGCCCACACAGCACCAUGACGCUGCCCUGCCCACACUACCCCGCUCACCGUUCAGCCGAGUGCUGGUGUCAGAUCCCUAAAAGUGAUACUGCCAUUCGAUUGGGAGAAGGAGAGCCUCGGAGUUAAUUCAUUAGCUACAUC